GCGCCUCAGAGCAGCGCUUGCAACCUCUGCGCCUCCUCCGCCAGAACCUCGAGAGAAGUUCGCCCGCAGCCUCGGCCCUAGCCUCACCGCGCUCCCGGAGCAUCCGAUCCCGCUGCUCACCGCCUUGUCGGCUUCCGUGUCGCCGCGCUCGUCCCGGCUCUUUCUGCGCGCCACAAUGAGCUCCAGCACCGCCAGGGCGCUCGCUGUCGCCGUCACCCUUCUCCACUUGACUAGGCUGGCACUCUCCACCUGCCCCGCCGCCUGCCACUGCCCUCUGGAGGCGCCCAAGUGCGCCCCGGGAGUCGGGUUGGUCCGGGACGCCUGUGGCUGCUGUAAGGUCUGCGCCAAGCAACUCAAUGAGGACUGCAGCAGAACGCAGCCUUGCGACCACACCAAGGGGCUGGAAUGCAAUUUCGGCGCCAGCUCCACCGCUCUGAAAGGGAUCUGCAGAGCUCAGUCAGAAGGCAGACCCUGUGAAUAUAACUCUAGAAUCUAUCAGAAUGGCGAAAGCUUCCAGCCCAACUGUAAACAUCAGUGCACAUGUAUUGAUGGCGCCGUCGGCUGCAUUCCUCUGUGUCCCCAAGAACUGUCUCUCCCCAAUCUGGGCUGUCCCAACCCCCGGCUGGUGAAAGUCAGUGGGCAGUGCUGUGAGGAGUGGGUCUGUGAUGAAGACAGUAACAUCAAGGACUCCCUGGACGACCAGGAUGACCUCCUUGGAUUUGAUGCCUCGGAGGUGGAGUUGACGAGGAAGAAUGAGUUAAUUGCAGUUGGAAAAGGCAGCUCGCUGAAGAGGCUUCCUGUCUUUGGCACCGAACCACGAGUUCUUUACAACCCUCUGCAUGGCCAGAAAUGCAUCGUUCAGACAACGGCAUGGUCUCAGUGCUCCAAGAGCUGCGGAACUGGCAUCUCCACCCGAGUUACCAAUGACAACCCAGAGUGCCGCCUGGUGAAAGAGACCCGGAUCUGUGAAGUGCGUCCUUGUGGACAACCAGUGUACAGCAGCCUGAAAAAGGGCAAGAAAUGCAGCAAGACCAAGAAAUCCCCAGAACCAGUAAGGUUUAAUUAUGCAGGAUGCUCCAGUGUGAAGAAAUAUAGGCCCAAAUACUGUGGCUCCUGCGUGGACGGCCGCUGCUGCACACCUCUGCAGACCAGGACCGUGAAGAUGCGGUUCCGAUGUGAAGAUGGGGAGAUGUUUUCCAAGAAUGUCAUGAUGAUUCAGUCUUGCAAAUGUAACUACAACUGCCCACACCCCAAUGAGGCACCGUUCCGCCUCUACAGCUUGUUCAAUGACAUCCACAAGUUCAGGGACUAAAUGCCUCCUUGGUUCCUAGUGUGGGGUGGAAAGAGGAGAUGUAUGAGCAUCGUGGAGACAUGGGUGGGGUGGUGGGGUGAAGGGGCUCAUUGUAGAAGGGAUGUCUUGCUCAUCAUUGAGUAGCAUUAAGGUAUUUCAAAACUGCCUAGGGGGCUGGUGUGGAUGGACAAUAAUGCAGCCGCAGUUGGGGAAUACUUCGCUUCAUAGUAUUGGAGCACGUGUUAAUGCUUCAUUUUGGAGCGUGUCGUGUGGAUGACGUUCUGUUUUCUGUUUGUAAAUUAUUUGCUAAGUGUAUUUUUUGCUCUGGAUCUUUUUUCCCCCUCUUGGUUCUACAAUUGUAAUAGAGAUAAAAAGAUUAGUUGGGCCUCGUGAAAGGCUUGUUUGUCCUCUGACAGAAGUCAAUGAAAGGGCCUCUCAUUCCUUCCUGAGGGAAGGGGACACUCUGUGAGUGUCCGAGAGGUAGCUACCUGCACUCUAAACUGCAAACAGAAACCAGGUGUUUAAGACUGAAUGUUUUUUAUUUAUCAAAAUGUAGCUUUUGGGGAGGGAGGGGAAA